AUGGCCCUGUCCUUUGCUUUACUAAUGGCCCUGGUGGUGCUCAGAUGCAAGUCAGAGUGUUCCCUGGACUGUGACCUGCCUCAAACUCAUACCCUUGGUAGCAGGAGGGCUUUGAUACUCCUGGGACAAAUGAGGAGAAUCUCUCCUUUCUCCUGCAUGAAGGAUAGAAAUGACUUUGGACUUCCCCAGAAGGAGUUUGUUGGAAAGCAGGACAAGAAGAUUCAAGCUAUCUCUGUCCUCCAUGAGAUGACCAAGCAGAUCUACAACCUCUUCAGCACAAAGGACUCCUCUGCUGCUUGGGCAAAGACCCUUCUGCACAAAUUCUGCACUGGCCUUUCUCAACAGCUGAAAGACCUGGAAGCCUGUCUGACACACGAGGUGGGGGAGGAAGAACCUUCCCUGAUACAUGAGAACUCCACACUGGCUGUGAAGAAAUACUUCCAAAGGAUAGCUCUCUACCUGAAAGGGAAGAAAUACAGUCCUUGUGCCUGGGAGGUUGUCAGAUCAGAAAUCAUGAGAGCCUUCUCUUUAUCAACAAACUUGCAAGAAAGAUUAAGGAAUGAGGAAUGA